ACCGCGUGACCGGUUCGCGCAACAGCCCAAUUGGAGCGCCGCCGACGCCAAGACGACCGGCGGCUUUUCAGCCGCCUGCUUCUACAUGGUGCAAGCGCUGCGCAAGGUGGCCAAGGUGCCGAUUGGCGCGAUCCAUUCGAGCUGGGGCGGGUCGCAAAUCGCGGCCUGGAUGGGCGAAGAGGCGCAGCGCGCCGCAGGGCGCGGCGCGCAAGCCGACCUGCUGUCGCUCUACGCCCGCGACCCCGCCGCUGCCGAACGCAGCGCGAGCGCCACCUGGGAAAAUUGGUGGCGCGACAAGACCGGCGACGCGCGCGGGCACGAACCGUGGCAAGCGGACGCUGCGCUCGACUGGCAGCCGGUCCCGAAGAUCGCCUUUUACGAAGAGUGGGGCGUGCCAGCGCUCGAGACCUAUCUUGGCAUGCUGUGGUAUCAAAAGACGGUCACGCUGACGCCCGACCAGGCGCGCCAGAUGGCGACAAUCGCCAUCGGCGCGAUCGACGACGCCGAUCGCACCUGGAUCAACGGAAAACCCGUUGGCGGGCGCGGUGGCUGGGACGCGCGGAUGUACACCGUCCCCGCCGGCACGUUCGUGGCCGGACGCAAUGUCAUCACCGUCAACGUGGAAAAUGCCUAUGCGACGGGUGGCAUGCCCGGCCCGGCGGAGACGAUGAAGCUGACCUUCGCCGAUGGCAGCAGCGUGCCGAUCGCCGAUGGCUGGCGCUAUGCGGUCGCCAAACACAUCAGCGGCACCUCGCCCCGCGUGCCGUGGGACGAGAUCACCGGCGCGGGCACGAUCUACAAUGCGAUGAUUGCGCCGCUCGGCCAAACCGCGCUGGCGGGCGUGGCCUGGUAUCAGGGCGAAUCCGAUACGGACAUCCCGGGCUAUACCGACCGCCUGAAGGCGAUGAUGGCCGAGUGGCGGCAUCAAGUGGCGCAGCCGCACUUGCCCUUUGCGAUCGUGUCGCUCGCUGGUUUUGGCGCGCCAUCGAUCGCGCCGGGCGAGAGCGGCUGGGCGCGAGUCCGCGACGACCAGCGCCGCGUGGCGCAGGAAGACGGCCAUGCGGCGGUGGCGGUGACGCUCGACCUUGGCGACGCCCUCGAUAUUCAUCCGGGCGAGAAGCAUGAAGUCGGGCGGAGACUGGCGCGCGCGAUGGGUGCCCUCGUUUAUGGACAGACCGGGUCGGCGUCGGGGCCGCAGCCCGUGGCGGCGACGCGCGACGCGGCUGGCACAGUGACCGUGACCUUUACCGGCGUGACAGGGGCGCUGCACUCGCGCAGCGCCGAUUACGCGACCGGCUUCGAGCUGUGCGGCGCUGACGCGGGCUCCUGCCGCUAUGCCCGUGCGACCGUCGCGGGCAACCAGGUUUCGCUUUCGGGCGACAAUCGCCCCGUCACGCGCGUGCGCUAUGCUUGGGCGGAUU